AACGGGGAUCCGCUGCGUGUGCAAUUAGAGCGAGUGGUCAGAGCAGACAGCGCGUCUGUGUGGAGGAGACGAGCUCGGAGCAGCCCGCCGCUCAUCUCGGAAUAGUGCAUGUGCAGUUUGUGAUUUGACAAGUUUCCCGAUUUGCGAGCGAUGCCCUCUGCGUAACGGGUUAUUUAUUCAUCUGUCGGUGAAGCGCACCUGCGCCACGCCGCGCGUGGAUCGCACAGGCACGGACACGUAGGCUGCACCGUUGGCUUCCUGUUUGUGUGUGUCGACUGUGCGGCACUCCGAACAGAAAAAAGCCACAACUUGGGUGCACACACACACACACACACACACACGGAGGCUUUUUUCCUCUCCCCGUUAGCUUCCAUGAGGCGGGUACGGUUACAACAAGUUGCGCGUGCAGUCAGCGGAACCGGUGAUAUCGCGGCACGUGUAGCUAUUAAUGAAUCUCGCAAACUGGACAUUUGUGGUCGUAAGGAGCGGAUUUAACUCGGAUGACAGAUCCGCACCAGUUGAUUUUUCUCCGAUAUCGCCCUCCUCUUCCUCCUCCUCGUCCUCCACCGCUGCCUGUCAUCUCGGGCUCCACUUUCUAAUGAGAUGCAUGUAGGUUAGAUGGCUCUCCUAUUGAGUUGCUUGGUCCAAAGACUCGCAGGGCCCACCUCUCACACGGCUUGAAAUCCGAGCAGUGUUGCACCCAGAAAGUGUCUCCUAUUCACGACAUGAUCAGCAGCAGCAGCGUCUAUGGCGUAAAGAUGCAGUGGACCCCCGAGCACAGCCAGUGGGCCGAACAGCAUUUUGACAUUUCGUCCACCACGCGCUCGCCAGCCCACAAGGCUGAGGCAUACAGGGCAGUACCUGGCCACCUGCAGCGCUCGGCCACCUACCAAUAUGCCUGGGCCAAUGACGACAUCUCGGCCCUCACUGCCUCCAACCUGCUCAAGAAGUACGCUGAGAAGUACUCUGGUAUUCUGGAUAUGCCGGGCUCAUAUUCCGAGACGCCUGGUGUCCCAGGAGUGAUGAAUGGACGGAAAGGUGAAUCUGAGCCCUGGCAGGAUGGUGUCUACCCCAUGAGCUGUAUCCCAGAGGGCAUUUCCGUCAGGAAAGGGGGGGUGGCGGCAGCUUCAGAGGUGGUGUCUGGCAUGUGCAGCUCUCCGGGCCUGGCUUCCAGCACCCUGAGUGAGCCCAGCUACUCCAGCAGUAGCUGUGGGAGCCACACGGCAACUGCCCUGCACUCUUCCUCCAUGCCCUCUCAGGAAUAUGGCCCCGCGUACAGCAGCUCGUACCUGCACAGCAGUUACAGCUCCCAGUCUACCCCCGCCCCGGCACUUCCAUCCCCACUGCACAGCUCUGGGCUACUGCAACCACCUCCUCCUCCUCCACCCUCCCACCCCACUAUAGUCCCAGCUUACAAUGGAGGCUCCCCCAACUUGUCUAGUUAUAAUUACCCCCCAGCAGGCUACCCAGCUCAAAACUCAGUUGGGCCAGGAUAUAGCCCUGGAGGAGCCCCCCCUCCCUCCUCGUACCUUCCCUCAGGCAUUGCUGCACCUACACCCCUUGCUCCCUCUUCUGCUUUACCUGGAUACCCAUACCAGAGCCACAACCUGACCCCAAUUGCCCCAACCCCUCUCAACAAUAGCUCCUCCAACUCCCUAAAGAGGAAAGCCUUCUACAUGACAGGUCAAGGAGAGAUAGACUCCUCUUAUGGUAACUUUGGCUACAGCCAGGCAAGGAGCUCAGCUGAGAGUCCCAUGUACAGGGUAGCAGAUAGCAGCAGUACAAAUGGAGGCUCCAACAGUGCCAGUGGUGGUGGGUUUGACAGGAGUGCUGAGAAGUCAUCUUUAACUUUUAAUCCUCAGAAACAAUCCACCAUUGCAUCAGAGCAGCAGAGGAAGUACAGCAGCCAGGCAACUGGUGGGCCACUGACUCCACCAGCCUACGUCUCCUCCACCCUGGGGGGUUCCCGCUCAGCAGACUCUAUUCCCAGCUUUACCUCCCCCUCCCUCAGUGAGCAAGGUCCUGAAGACCACCGUCUCCACCUUUCUCACUCAGCACCUGGACCUACCUCCUCAUCAUCCACUUCCAACUCCCGGCCUGCUGAAGAACAACUAAAAACCAGUGAUCCUCACCUCCUGGACAUGGUUACCUCUGAAAUUGUACAGCAGGGUCCCCCGGUGGAUUGGAGUGACAUUGCAGGUCUAGAACUCGCCAAGGCUACCCUGAAGGAAGAGGUCCUGUGGCCCAUUCUGCGUCCAGACAUGUUCAGCAGUUUAGGACCAGCCCCGCGUUGUGUGUUGCUGUUUGGCCCCAGGGGCAGUGGCAGGACGUUGCUGGGACGUUGCCUGGCAAGUCAGCUGGGGGCACCAUUCCUACAGCUCAGCGGCUCAACACUGGCCACAAAGUGGCUGGCGGAUGGAGAAAAAAUCAUCCGAGCAUCAUUCCUAGUGGCACGGUGCCGGCAGCCCUCAGUACUGUUCAUUAGUGAAGUGGACAUGCUCUUGUCUGCCCACCUCAGUGAAGAGAGCCCUAUCAAUCGACUUAAAGGUGAACUUCUUGCCCAGUUAGACUCACUUCUUAUGGGCUCGGGCGAAGAUGGAGGCAACCAAGUAUUGGUGGUUUGCUCCACAAGCAGACCACAGGAUAUGGAUGAAGGACUGCGCAGGUACUUUUCCCGGAGGGUCCUGGUGCCUCUGCCGGAUAGCGCAGCUCGACACCAGAUCAUGAACCAGCUCUUGGCCCAAUCUCAGCACAAAUACUGUUUGAGCGAGGAGGAGCUGGCGCUGCUGGUCCAGCGUACAGAGGGUUUCUCAGGACUGGAUCUGGCCAGACUCUGCCAGGAGGCUCUUGUAGGUCUGUUACAUGUCUCUGCACAGGGCGUGGACAUGACUGGUAUGAUGCCCAGGGGACAAAUCAGGCCCCUCACCUACCAGGACAUUGAGAGUGUCUUCUGUAAAUUCCAAGCAAGUGUAUCACAGAAAGAGAUUGACACUUACACUGAGUGGAACAAAAUGUUUGGUUGCAGUCAGUGAAAAGAUAGAUUUCGCCCUUGAGAAGAAGAGGUUUCCACAAUUCCUCCCCUCAGGGCAGAAGCAUUGUGCUGAAGGGGAAAGGCACACAAAAGGCCAACACAAGCUCUCACAAGCAGGGUUUAGAUGCACCAAGAGAGUCGCUUUGAUGAGACAACUGGCAAUUUUGCAGUUAAUGAACAAGAGUUUUUAUUUGAAUGCUCGACACUCCAGAAAGCCAGGGAUUGUUUACACAUUGCAAGCAAGUUGGCUUCAGACAAGACACCCCAGUGUCUGUGUAUAUAUUGUUAUGUUGUUGUUCUUGAGAUUUAGUUGGCUAUCCAAGUGCCUGAAGUGGUGCUUUCUGAGUUUAUUUGUUUAUUUGCCUCACAAUCUACAUUCAUGGCAUGAGCUGAUAAUUAUUAAGAGCUUUAAAAACUUCAGCGGCGUGUCUGAAAGAGCCAGACGGACAGUCACCAUUGGUGGUGGUCAAUUGACCUUUAUUGUCUUACUAAGAGCAGAAAUCCAUUUGGACUGCAGUAACCUGGGCCCCUGACUCUCACCCAUGUUUCUGAUCCUGUGUCUGCAAAACAAGCAAACGUAACGAACCAACAACCAACACUCAGGAAAGCGUUUGUGAAUUGUACAGUACCUCAAGACAUUUUCACGAAAAGCACUAAGACCUGAGAGGAGAAUCUGGCAGUGUUAGGUGUACCUCAAAAGACUAGGCUAAAUAGCAAAGAGGUGGCAAUGAAUGUACUAAAUGUGUUCUGGAUUGGCGGAACAUAUUCUAUAGUGAGAGUAAAAACAUUUUGUCCUUUUUUCCCCCUGACUGCAGGUGCUUUAGUUACCUGUUUCUACUUGACCAAUCCUUGUGAGCUUAUUCCCAUUGCUGUUUCAAAAUAUAAAACUGUGUUGUUUUGGGGUUUUAAAAGAUGGGCAGGUGUUGGGGUGGUGGGAGUUGUACAUUAAUUGAAACAACCAUAAUCAACAUUGUCUAUAAUACAUGAUCUAGGCUAUAUGGUUUAGCUGCAUGGAACCGCAUCAGUUUAUCAGCUAACUCCUGCGCAAAAUAUUCAUCAUACAAUAAGCGAGGUAUUCUCUGAUCUUGAUGAACUUAAACAAAUGGAAGGAAUCAUUCCUCAUAUAAAUAUACUUAUUUGCUUUUUUAACUGAGAGAUCAGGCUAGUACCAACAGCUGUUUACGUUAGCUUGGCAUAAAAUAUGUUAGCCUGUAAGACUACAGCAUGUUAAAGUUAACCAGUUAACUUUUUAAACACUUAACAGUGUUUUUACAGGGAUUUUGCAAUGCCAAGCUAACGGGCAAAUGUUUGUAGACUUGGCUAUCUUUCAUAAAGAGAACAAAUAAAUGUAUUUCUCCAAAAUAUCAGUGAUAUGAAAGAAAAAAUACUGUCUUUUUGUGUGGGUAUUAGAUUAUUGUUUGACUUGGUCUUGUUAGCAUGGUCUUGAGGAAAGCAUGUUUGUCAGUCAGCAUCAAGAAAGCGAGGCUUGGAUAUUGCCCUUACCGAGUCCAACUGAAAUCAUAUUUAGUUAUUUUUUGCAAUAUAAAAAAAUGUCAUAUAUAAAUAUGCUUUUAAAUUAACUUUUAACUUUGAUAUCAUUAAAAGAACAGAACAUGCUCAUACAACCAUAAAUACCAAUCAGACAUUGUAACAUUUAUGCUGUGACUAAAAUAGGAGCGCUACGAAAUUAUGGAUCAUAUCAUAACUGUGUAGGUGCAACAUUUUACAAAAAUUACAUUAUUGCUUUUAUUUGCUAUAUUUUAUUGAGGUCUUCAACUAUUACUGGUGUUUAUUUAGAAAAAAUUGAAAAUUAAUAGUAAGUCUAUUUUCCAUUGUGAAAAUGAAACUAAAUAAGAAGUGAAAUAUAAGAAUAUGGUUACAGUUUUUGCAAAAAAAAAAAAAAUUCUCUUGCUGAUUUAGUCACGUGACCUCUAAGGCCCUCUUAGCAAACGACUUUAACGGUUCUUUGGGACAGACAACAAAAAAAUUUAAUUUGAGAGAUAGUUGUGCUGUAGAAGAUAACACAAUGAUUUCAGUUGGACUUUGGUAUCAUAGAUACGUUUGUAGGAAUUUCCCCUUGUUAAACACUGGCUCAGUUUCCAAGACACAGAUGACGCUUUGCUAUAGACAAAAAAAAUUGAUUAGCUUCACAAUGGGAUGCCACUCAUGUAAAUUACAUAUGUGGAAAGUAGAAAUUAAAAAAAUCAAUUCGGUUGCACGGCAGUUGUCAUAACCAUAAUAUGGGCAGCCAGGAGGUAUAUGCAGUUGGAAUAUAUAUGUGUUUUAUUUUGUUUUUUUAAAUCUAAGAUGACCACCCCAGAAAAACAAAUCAAUUCUAAACAAUGUCAGCCCUUUUUUUUCUGUAUCCGUAUUGUCUUUCUUUUUGCAAGUUACUAAGAUGGUGUGAAGCACAUGAUCUACCUACAUUUGAGUUCAUACUGUUUAACAUGAGUGGGGAAUUUUGGCAGUAGUUUUGAAGACCUACAUCACUGAACAAUAUCUGUUUCCCUUUGUAUCACAUUGGAAUGUAUUUUUGUCUCUUCCUUGCCACCGUUUAAGGAGCUGUUGUGGUAUGGGACUACUUAAGUCUGUUGCACGUGCACUAAAGCAUUUUGUGUGUAAUUUGGGGGAGGGGGGGUUUGUUGAAAUUUCUCAGUGGCAUUGACAGCACUUAUUUAGUUGGUGUUUUAUUUAUCUGAACCGCUGAUCAGUCUUACCCUUUUUAUUGUACCUCCUGAUUUUUCUAUAAGAAAAAUAUCCCAAAGGUACGAGCUGCUUGUUGUGUAUGCCUCGUGUCGCUAUCUCGUAGGCACCAUCAGUUCGGCACCUGGUGUGGGGUGGGGGUGGGGAGUUCUGCUGAGCAUCAGCAAACUGAUGGAAAAGAGAGACAGACAGGCAGUGUGGCAGCAGCAGCAGCAGCACAAGGGGGGAAAGCAGAGUGGUCCGUCAGAAAACCACCCUCAAAACAAUCUGUACCAGAAUUCCUUCUGUCAGCAAAUCCUCUGGAGAGAGAGUCCCUUUGGACAGAAAAACCUACUAAUGCACUUCACAGCACACAACAGCAGCACAGGCCUUUCCUCCUCUCUCUCUCUAUCCCUCGCCAUUCUCCGCAAGCCAACCAACAAACCACUUGAAACACACUGGUCAAUGCUACGCUUUGUUUGUUGCGUGUUUAGCGGUCCUCUUUUCAAGUCUUUUUCUCCAUGAUGUGCUGAUCUUUUCCCCUUUUUUUUCCUUUCUUUAAAUAGAGUUCUUCUUUAAAGCAUUUCUACCUCAUGGCUACAAAACACACGUGGUAUUUGAUUUAUGUCUUUUACAAAUGUCAGACAUUUGUGGAAAACGUAUUAAAAAAAAGACAAAAAAAGGAGGAAAGAAUAACACCAUGAAGUUUUGCGCAGUCUACCUCAGAUGACUGUACUUAAAAACAUUUAGCUGAUGGUGCGACCGGAGGCUGCAGCAUAGCCUAGUGUGCGUGCGCGCGUUUGUGUGUGUUACCACGUGUCCUCUCCGAGACAGACACACACUCGUGAUAAAACUGAUGUGAAAACACACAAGCGAUUCGUAAAGGGGGCGGGGGAACGGUUGGGGGUCAACCUAAACAUGACCUGAAAUGUAUAAUCCAAUACAUUUGCUUUAAUCUUCUGUGAAGUACUGUGGUUGUGCGCGUGUGAAUGUGUAUAUACAUGGGCACACUCUUUUUAUUUAAUUUUAUUUUUUUGAUUUAGUGUGUUAAAUUUUAUAAAUUGUUAGUAUAUAUAACACACUUGCACAACUUUAAAACAGAGUGUAAUGUGUUUCUGUUGUACAUAUCUAUACAUACAAUACAAAUGCACCACUUGUUUAUAUGUGUGAAUAUGUUGCCAUACUUGCAGUCAACUUAAAUGUAUUUUCAUGUAAUCUGAGAUACAAGCAGCAACAAACAAUUCAUUAAAGACAUUUUCUUGGGAGAUUA